CCAACACCAAUCAGAGCGCGGUUUACUGCACGGCUGUCCAAUCACAGAGCGCGCUGUUCGACGUCGGCCACCGAAACAAACAUGGCAGCCCGCUGCCGCCGUUACCCACCGUGCGAAGGUUAGGCUCUGACAGAAACACACAGCGAACAUGCUGAGCCUGACAAUACGGGAGGUGUCUUUGGCGCUCAGGGAGGGAAGGAUCUCCCCAACAGAGCUUUGUAGGAGGUGUCUGAACCGCAUCAAGAAAACUCAACAUCUUAACGCUUACAUCACAGUGACAGAGGAGCUGGCACUGAAGCAGGCCCAAGAAGCAGAAACCAGACUGCUGCAAGGUGCCCCCAAAGGUCCUCUGGAUGGAAUCCCCUUUGCAGUCAAGGAUAACUUCUGCACAAAAAAUGUGAGGACCACGUGUGCUUCCAGGAUGCUCAGAGACUACACUCCUCCGUACAGUGCUACAGUUGUCCAGAAGCUCAUGGACCAAGGAGCUGUUCUGGUGGGGAAGACCAACAUGGAUGAGUUUGCUAUGGGGGCAGGAAGCACAGAUGGGGCUUUUGGACCAGUAAGGAACCCUUGGAGCUAUGCUGUACCCUACAGAGAGCAGACAGGGGUGGCACCAGACUCUGACUGGGUCAUCACCGGAGGAAGUUCAGGAGGAAGUGCGGCAGCUGUGUCCUCACUCACCAGCUACCUGGCUUUGGGUUCAGACACAGGUGGUUCUACUCGUAACCCAGGAGCACUUUGUGGCAUUGUGGCACUAAAGCCAACCUAUGGCCUGCUGUCCAGACACGGGCUGAUCCCUCUGGUCAACUCCAUGGACGUCCCCGGCAUUAUGACCCGCAGUGUCAGUGAUGCAGCCAUUGUCUUAGGUAUCCUCCAAGGCCUUGAUGUGAGAGACUCCACAACAAUCCCUGCCCCUUCAUCCCUGACAGAGCUACCUGAAGACUUGGAUGUCAAAAACAUCUGUAUCGGUAUCCCUACGGAAUAUCAUGCCCCAGGGCUGUCUGAGGAGACUGUGGCUCAGUGGAGUCGAGUUGCUGACAUGUUUGAGAGAGCAGGGGCGAGGGUGCAGCAGGUAUCCCUCCCCUACACCCAGUACUCCAUCGUGUGCUACCACGUCCUGUGCCAUGCCGAAGUGGCGUCUAACAUGGCCCGUUUUGACGGUCUCGAAUACGGCCACCGUAGUGAGGAGAACAGCUCAACAGAGGCCAUGUAUGCUUCCACUCGACAUGAGGGCUUCAACGACGUAGUGAGGGGGAGGAUUCUUUCUGGGAACUACUUCCUGCUUAAACAAAACUACCAGCACUACUUUGUAAAGGCCCAGAAGGUUCGCCGGCUGAUAGCGGACGAUUUCAAGCGCGUGUUCAGCUCAGGUGUUGACGCACUGCUUACACCCACCACUCUGACCGAUGCAGCCUGUUACUCCGACUUCACGCAGGAGGACAACCGAACACGCAGUGCACAGGAAGAUGUCUUCACCCAGCCUGCCAACAUGGCAGGUCUCCCCGCUGUCUCAGUGCCAACUGCAUUAUCAAGACGGGGGCUUCCCAUUGGCUUACAGCUGAUAGGCCCUGCCGCCCAAGACAAGAAGCUACUAAGUGUUGCCCGAUGGAUCGAGCAGAGGGCUGGGUUUCCCUCCAUCAGUGUCUAUGAGAGCGACACACAAAUGACUAAAAGGGAGACUUCACCUCUAUGAAGAGAACUGAAGACACAAGUGAACAACUGUUGACAAAGUCACUUACAGGCACAUUACGCUGUGGACUGUGUAACCAUUAUGGACAUAAUUCGCUUGUGAGAUGCUUUUCAAGACAUUUUCAAUGGGGUAAUCUGAAUUAAUCACAUGCGACAAUGCUUUCAUGAUUGGAAAAAAAAUUAUUACAGAUUGUAAAAACAUCACUUUUGUACAACAUGCAUCAUACGUCAAGAGGAGGAACAUGAUGUUUAGCAUUAGGUGUCAAAUGCUGCUCUAUUUGUUGUUUUUAGAUGGCACUGUUGCUGUUAAAUACAUUUUAAAAGUGGGGUUAUUUACAUUGACUUUACUAGGUGAGUGCAUUUCACUAUAUGUAGGCGUUGUUUUCACAUCCUGAUCUCUGCCGCCCCCAGUUCUCCAAACUAUCUGUUCUUGCAGGUUUAAAAUCAGCUGGGUCUGCAUUCUCUAAGUUUAACUGAAGUCAUCAGCAGUUAGUAUAACAUACUUAAGUGUUCAUUUCACAUCUCUUUAUGGCUGUUAUAUGUCUUUUGGUUGCCUUUUGUCAUUUUUUUGUUGUUUGAAUUACUUUUUAACAAUAAAUAUCUCACUUCACACA